GAGCUGAUCACAGCGUGGUACAUCGGCUUCCUCUGCCUCAUCCUGGCGUCCUUCCUGGUCUAUCUGGCAGAGAAAGAGGACAACGACCAGUUUGAGACCUACGCAGACGCACUGUGGUGGGGCCUGGUAAGUCAUCACUCUAAGCCUUGUUUCACUGGUCCUCACAAACCAUGCUCAGCGGUUGUUAAUAGGACAAUGUUGGCAUGUCCCAACAACACACUCAGUGGUUGGAAAGGAGUAUGUCUGCAGGUCCCACAAAACACUCAGCACUUAUUUAUAAGAUAAUUUCUGCAGGUCUCCACAAAACAUUCAGCACUUGUUUAAAGCCAAAUAUCUUAAUGUCCACAGAAAAAUAUCCAGUGCUUGACAGCAGAAUUUCAUCAGGUCCCCACAAAACACCCAGCAUUUCUUAAUAGGAUAAUUUAUUACAUUUUACAUUACAUUUUAGUCAUUUAGCAGACGCUCUUAUCCAGAGCGACUUACAGUUAGUGAAUACAUAUUUUUUUAUACUGGCCCCCCGUGGGAAACGAACCCACAACCCUGGCGUUGCAAACGCCAUGCUCUAUCAACUGAGCUACAUCCCUGCCGGCCAUUCCCUCCCCUACCCUGGACGACGCUGGGCCAAUUGUGCGCCGCCCAUGAGUCUCCCGGUCGCGGCCGGCUGCGACAGAGCCUGGAUUCGAACCAGGAUCUCUAGUGGCACAGUUAGCACUGCUAUGCAGUGCCUUAGACCACUGCGCCACUCAGGAGUCCUCAUAAAACACCCAGUACUUGUGUGAAAUCUAAAUCUAAAGGAUAUUAGUGUGAUUCAACCUUGGGACUUAACAUGUCGGUGGUAUUUCACCCACUUAUGUCACACUUCCACAAUUACCAUGAUGUUGAAUUAUAUUGAACAGCUUAGCGUGAGAUGAAGAAACACUGUGAAUAUUUAUAAAAGGUGUCAUUCAAGAUGUCUGCCGAUUGCCUUCUCAGAUCACCCUGACUACCAUUGGGUAUGGAGACAAGUUUCCAAUAACGUGGAACGGGCGUCUUCUGGCCGCAACCUUCACCUUGAUUGGAGUGUCUUUCUUUGCACUUCCAGCAGUAAGUCAAAGACUAUUGAUUUGUGAAGAAAUGGCUGAGCUAAGUUAUUAAUGUGCACUGAAUGCAAGGAAAUGGAGUGCUUCUGAGGAAACUCAGGAAAUGAGUGCCUGAAGCAUCUGCCAUUUGAGUCAAGUGCUACUCUGAAGUAAUUCACUGGACUUGGCAAUUUAAUUGUGAAUCAAUCAUGUUUUCCAGAGGCUUGUUGUUGUGACUAAUGGUUUCUCUGUGUCUCUAAGGGUAUCUUGGGCUCUGGCUUUGCCUUGAAGGUCCAAGAGCAACAUCGACAAAAACACUUUGAGAAGCGGCGGAAUCCUGCGGCAGGGCUUAUUCAG